CCCCAAUCUCACCGUUUGCUACUAUCUUCGACGUUUCAUUCGAUCAUGAAGAGCACUACGAAGCUCGCAUUUGUUCUCGGUGUAUCCAUCGCCUUUUUUGUAGCUGAGAUUGCCAUAGGGUUCCGGACGAAGAGUCUGGCAUUGAUUGCAGAUGCGUUCCACUAUCUCAAUGACAUCGUGGCAUAUGCUAUUGCUUUUGCCGCUGCAUACUUACAAGACAAAGGACACAAUACUGUCGGGUUUACGUACGCCUUCCACCGUGCCGAACUAGUUGGGGCCUUCUUCAAUGGGGUGUUUCUGCUUGCCCUGGCGCUGUCGAUAUUCCUGCAGUCCCUGGAGCGAUUCGUGCACAUAGAGGCCGUUGAAAACCCCGUUCAAGUGAUGAUUAUCGGCUGUGUUGGCCUCUGCCUCAACAUCAUCAGUGUUCUUGUCGUGCAUGACCACGGUGGACACGGUGGACACAGCCACAGCCACUCCGGGCCAGCGUCUGCUUCUCCGAUCCCUAUGGAGCGACACUCCCAUGACGGUAGUGUCCAUGCGCAACAUCACCACACCUUGUUCCCUCCCACGCAGAAGCUCCAGUCGGACCUGGGCCUCUUCGCCGUUUUGAUCCAUCUGCUUGGUGACGCAGUCAACAAUCUUGGUGUGAUUGUGGCUGGGAUCUUCAUCUGGAAACUACACUCUCCGAACAGGUUUUAUGCCGACCCUGCAGUCUCUCUUGGGAUCAGUCUCAUCAUAUUCGGGGGUGCUAUCCCGAUGACAAUCAAAGCUGGCCGUAUAUUAUUAGAGGCAGCCCCUGUAGAGCUCGACCUAGACAAAGUGCGAGAAGACUUGCUCGCCUCUCCCGCUGUCCUUGCCAUCCACGACUUGCACGUGUGGAUUCUCUCUCGCUCCGUCAUCCUUGCUUCGUUGCAUGUUUGUGUGCCAGAAGGAACAACGAUCGAGGACUGGGAGCGCACCGAACGCGGACUGCAGCACUGUUUCGCAGCAUACGGGGUCAACCACGUCACGAUUUCACCGGAGGUAUUCAAACCCUCCGCGUCUCCGACCCAAAUCAGCGACAUCAUCUGCAAAUCCGCGUCUCAGUCGGAAGGCGGUACAGGUUGCACCGUCAAAGAAUUGAGGCAGCGGGCACCGGCUGGCCAUGCGUGACACAAAAGCGGCGGGAUGUACAUCUGGAGAUUAUAUCUUAGAUCAAAAACUGUAUCCAACAAUGUGUAUCAUUCAAAUGUCUACUUUGAGGACAG